ACAUGCAAAAUGUUCGUUGGGAGCUGCGGCAUGCGGACUCUUUGUUAUUUUAUGAUGGCGCGAAAACUGUAGAAGUUUGGACGUUUUGGGGUUAGAUCUACAUAUGGCAAUAAGCCUCUAGAAACUAGUUGAUACAAUCGAAGAAUUAGAUUAUUUUGUGUAGUGAUUCAAAUUUGUUAGUGAUUGUUCUAAGCAUUCAAAACGUUUGGUGAUUUACCGAAAUUAUUUGUGGUGAAUCAUGGAAUCCGCGGAUAGCACAGAAGGUAAUGGUGGUGGACCAUUCUGGAUGAUGAACUUUUUGAACAGCCGCUUGGAAAAGGUUAAUCGUGAAGCGGCAUCAGUGUCUUCUAGUAACAAUAGAAUUGCGGAACAAACCCAGGUAGUCCUCGAAGCCGUAGUAGAUAAGUCAAAUGGAAUCAGAAUUUCUCGCCCAAUUCCGAAAUUAUAUCGUGAUCAAUACGCUAUAUGGUUCGAAGUGGAAAAUGAAGGUUCUAUAGGCUUCACGAAUUUCACCUUCUCUUUGCAUUGGAAUUCCAAUGAGGAACUCACAUAUGUAUCAUCGAUGCAUCCUGUUAUAAAUGAUAAAACUACUUUGAACGAUAGCUUAGUUUACUUGGAAAAACUAACGAAAAAAGCACUUCUGGUAAUACUGAUAGAUCGACCUCUUUUCGUGAACGAAUUAUCUGUCGACAUAAAUGGUAUUCUGAGUUACACCGAUGAACUUGGAGGGACAUAUGUGGAUGAUAUAUCCACAAUAGUAAUAGGAAGUGAAGAUAUCACCGAAGAAACAGUUGACCUUCCUCCUUUCGAAAAUGAUCGGGAUAUAUUAAACUUUCACACUCGACUUUUAUGCAGCUUCAAGGUUGAUCUUGUAAUACAAAUGAAGACACAACAUAAUCUAAGACGACUCCUAGAACGCGCAGGUCUGAUUCCUUUAAAUCCUUUACAAGGCCUGCCAACACGUUUUUAUGUAAUUCACGGGAAAUCUCAUCUUUUUGAUGGUACAAUUUUGGAAGUAUUAUUUACAGUAGAUAUAUCCGAUGUAUCAGAUAUAAGCGUUUAUACAAAAGAUGUUGAUUGUUUGUUAGCCGUCUUUCAUUAUUUAUACCAAAAAAUGUGCCCACAUUGUCUUCUCCCUAGUGAAUACAAAAUACGCAUUCCGUCUGAAUGGGAAAUUGGAUUUGAUGGCUAUCUAUCAGAAUGUAUUGCAAAAGAAAUAGAUACUUUGAGGAGUCUGACUGUACGGGAAAAUUUCGAUGAUUAUAAAAACAUAAGGAGGGACCUUCUUGAACAAGAAUAUGUAACGGAUAUGGCCUUUGUUAAAUGGCUCGUUGCCAGGGAUAAGCAUGAAACAGUUGAAGAUAAUGAAGAAGAUAUGGAGCUUUAAAUUUUAUUCAAUUUCAGUACAAACAAUAAAAUUCACUUAAAUAUACUAACAAAAAUACAUUGAAUGGAAUUAUGAAUGAAAAAAAAGUGGUAUCAUGGAUAUCAAUAUUUCGUAAGUCAUAUUAAAGGUUUGGCUGAAUCAUUGAAAUUUAAAAACACUAUGGGUACAAAAUCUCUUAUACCCUCAAAUAUUUUCAACUUCAACGUUGACAUAUGAUACUGAAAUAUUCAGUUUACUUUUCGAUCAAAAUUAUUGUAUAAUGUAAAUUUUGGGGUUUGUAUUUGUUUCGUUUUUACUUCAUUUUUUUCACUCGUUUCAAUUAAGUAAUGCGAUAUUAUAUCAUUAUUUUCCGAAUAUGAAAAUCGUUAGAUGAAAAGUAAUAGGUAUAUUAUUAUACUUGAAAAACUA